CACCAUUACCAGUACUAUACCGUCGUCAUCAUCGUCAACCAUGAUUUCCAUGGACAAAAUAUCCUCAACAACAACAGCCGCCACCAUCAUCUCCGCAUGGCCAUACGUCUGGGCAUACGUCUAUUCGUUCAUGCUCCUAUCCAUCGCCUUGGCCACCUUUACACCCGCCGCUCAUCACGUAGCCGAACGAGCAGGCUUCCCACAACCGCGAGACAGACCCUUGAACGUCUACGUUUAUUUGUUGGCCGGUAGUCAAUUGAUGAUCGGUCUUUCCGUGGCCGUGUUGGUGUUUUUGGGCGAUUGGAAGGCGGUGAGUGUGGUCAUAGCUUGUUCUACCCCGAUGGGUUUGAUAGGGACGACACUUUCUGCUAGGACUCCCUCAACGGGUGGUGGAGGCGGCAUCAUCGGAAACAAACCAUUCUGGUCUCACGCCAUGAUGGUCACAAUCGGUACUUGUGCGGCCUGGAGACUGAUCAAGGAGAAUUGGUGA